UUUAACCGAAAAUAAAAUGAACCGUGAAAACAACAGUCUUUUGGUUUUGUUGAUUGUGAACAUCUUUACCGACUUUUCGGUGUUAGCGACGGGAAUCCAAUUGAAUGGAAGCGCAAUUCAGUCCUCUCAAUACUACAAUUGCUCGGCGGAUAAAGCCCUGAACGGCGAAAAGAUCAUGUAUAAUGAAACAUUACCAACAUGCACUUGCAGUGUUACUCAAUUAAAACAAUUCCCUCGAUGGUGGGAAAUGGAUUUUGGAUCAAGACAUUUGAUUGGUUCUAUAAAUGUCACCGGUCGUUCAGGUGAAGGAGGAAGCUUACAGAGUACAAACCUUACUGCUUUUUUAAGUAACAACACAAUGGAGACUAAUAAAAGUACAGUGGUUUACUCAUCUAUGGAGAAAACCGUUGGACUAUACGUAACUUUGGAACCUCCUCGAGUUGCACAGUACAUUAAUAUAAAAAAAGAGGAUAACAUUGAAGUAAUGACCAUUUGUGAAGUUGAAGUAUUCGAAUCAAACUGUGAGAUAGGAUAUUUUGGUGACAAGUGUUUACGACGGUGCCAUUGUAAGAGUCAAUGUGAUGUACUGACUGGCAAUUGCAACGAAUGUGAGCCGGGAUGGGGUCCACCAACAUGUGAAACUGUUUGUUCACAUGGGUUCUAUGGACCAAACUGCAGGAAAGACUGCUCACACAAUUGUGAAAACAACACUUGCAACCCUCAGAAUGGCUCCUGUGUGCAUGGAUGUAAACCUGGAUAUGAUUAUACUUUGAGCACAAACUGCUCAGCUGAUUGUUCAAAAGGCAACUAUGGACAAAACUGCAGCAAAGAAUGUUCACACAAUUGUGAAAACGACUAUUGCAACCCCCAGAAUGGCUCCUGCGUUCAUGGAUGUAAACCUGGAUAUGAUUAUACUAUGAACACAAACUGCUCAGAUGAAUGCAAGGAUGGAUUUUACGAUGAUUGUAAAACGCCGUGUGGGCAAUGCAAACAGACACCAUGUAACAAAACUGAUGGACAUUGCACGGGUGGCUGUGUAGAAGGAUACACUAGAAAUGAAUGUGACCAAGCCAUCGUUGACGAUCACAGUGAACAAAACGGCUUUUCUUACGGUGCAGUUGCUGGAAGUGUAAUCGCAGCUCUUUGUGUUGUCGCUGCUAUUGUUGUAGUAAUAUUUUUCUUCUACAGAAAAAGAACUCGAAAACUGCAAACAAAAGAAUCAAGCAAAACGUACGAAAACGCUGCGUUUAAUACACCGAGGAAAACAGUUUCACAUGCAUCGAGGCACAUUUCAGUAAAAACAUCAGAAAAUACGUAGGAGACAGACGUUAAAUACUAUGAGUUUGAAAAUUCCAUUCCUGGCAUUCAGAUUCAUAAUCUUUGGGAUUACAUCAGAG